AUGUCACGCUUCUUCUUGCUCACCUUCUUCGUCCUCUUGGCUGUUUCCACCAUGGCCAUGCCUUCCGAAGACGUCCGUUCAAGAUCCUGUGGAGGGAUUCGUGUCUUCGAACGUCUUCAACGCGUCUGUGGCAUGAUUCUCUGCAUUGACCAAUCUGGUGACCUUGCCACCACAAUCUGCGGUCGCGGCCUCACCGACUUGGAACUGAUGGAAAUGUGCUGCCCGCAAUAA